AUUUGAUUGAUUUGGAAAUACACACAUUAUUAAGGUAAUUUAUUUUGUUUGUUUGUUAUGAACUAAAGUGAAUAACUAAAUAUAAAUGAUGAUGAUUUAGUUACAUCAUCAGAAGAUGAAGAAUAAAUCUCAAAGAUAAUUGAACACGCUCCUACAGGUCGUUUCUGCAAAGUAUUUUAUUAUCAUAAAUGUUUUAGUAUAAUGAAGAGAUUGGUAAAGGUGCAUACAAAAAUGUUUAUAGAGGUUAUGAUAAUGAAAGUGGAUGUGAAGUUGCAUGGAAUGUAUUUUAGUUAAUGAAUGUCUCUGAAAGUAUAAAUUAUAACUAAUAAGACGAGAGAAGAAGAGCUAAAUAAGAAAUUGCAAUUUUGAAAAGCCUUCAACAUAAAAAUAUUAUUAGAUUUGUACAUUCAUGGUAGAGUAAAUCAAAGAAAGAGUUAGUUUUUAUAACUGAGAUUGUAAAUGGAGGUUCUUUGAAAAGGUAAUCUUUUAUUGUUAUUAUAUAAAAAGUUAUAUUCGCAGAAUUACUAAGCCUAAAUUAAAAGUAAUACGUUGUUGGUGUAAACAAAUUCUUGAAGGAAUAGAAUUCAUGCAUUCUCAAAAUAUUAUUCAUAGGGAUUUGAAAUGUGAAAACAUCUUUAUUGAUACUAACAAUAAUGAAUUAAAAAUUGGAGAUCUGGGAUUGUCUAUUUAGUAAAUACACUUUAUUAAAUAAGAGAAUGUAAUCUCAGAAUACAAGUUCCGUUUUAGGUACUCCAGAAUUUAUGGCUCCUGAAAUAUAUAAUGGUAAUUAUAAUACAAAGGUGGAUAUUUAUGCAUUUGGAUUGUGUAUUUUAGAAAUGGUAACUGGUUUAAAACCUUUUAGUGAAUGUAAAGGAGGCACAGGAUAAAUCAUUAAAAAAAUUAUGGAAUCCUAAAAACCUUAAAGCAUAGAUGCUAUUCAAAAUGAAAAAAUUAAAAUGAUAAUUCUAGAGUAAUUAUAUUAAAUCAUUUAUAGAUGUCUCAAACCAUCAGAAGAGAGACCUACAGCUACUUAAUUAUUGAAUUAAUACUUUCUAUCUACUUUUUUUGUGAUGAAGACAAUUUAUCUGUUUCAAUUAAUGAGUCUAUGCUUAUUCAAAUUACAAAUGAUAGCAAAAGUACUGUUUAAUUAAUACUUAGAUUCCUCUGUUUUAAAAUAUAUUCCUUCUAAAAAUGUUAGUGAAUAGAAAGGAACUAAUAACAAAGUUUUAAUUAACAAUCCAUCUAAUAAAACAUCUAAUAAAAUUAAUUCCAACAAUAUUUUACAAGAAAUUAAUCCUAAUUCAAUAAAGUAAAGUGAGAUUAAAUUCAAUAAAUUAAGUAUCGAUACUAAUGAUGAUUAAUCUCUCGAACUUUAAUUUAAUAAAUAUUAUAGAGAAUAUUAUGUAAAAAUAUGUUUAUCUUUUUAUUUAGUUAACUUAAAAUGAUGAAACUUUAAUAGAUCUUGAAUAAAGAUAAGAAAAAGAAAUUCAAUUACUCUUAAUUAUUCAUAAAUAAUAAAAAACUGAACUCUAAAAUAAAUAAUCUUUAGUCUACAGACCUCCUGUAAUUCCAAGUGGAUCUGGAUUUUUAUCUCCAAAAUCAUUUUUUACAUUAUUCGAAUUCAAUAAUAAUGAUUAAAAACAAAUAUAAUAAUAAUCUUAUUUUUAACCAUCCUAAAUUUGCAAAAAAACAGAUACAUUUAGUUAAGAUGAUGAUGGGCUCAAAAAAAAUGAAUUUCAAAAUUUUAAUAUUAAUUCUAAUCAAUUGGUACUAUAUACAGCUAUUAUAAUAGCAAUCAUUAUGUAAAUUUAAUACAGAUGUUGCAUUAUAAUGGAAGACAGAAACUAUUAGUAGUAGAAUUAUUUAAAGUUGA